UCGACACGAAUACGAUAACAUUUUUUAGGAGUCCGAGCAAUAUUAGGUUUUCAGAUGCUAUUUAUUAGAGAUGUGACAAAGUUUAUCAUUAUCAUUAUUUAUCUGUUCCCAAUGGGAGAACUAUGAUUGAAUACUAUGCAAAAAAGAUGUAGAUGAGAAGAGAGUGGGAUGAGGGACCUGGAGUUGGGGCCUUUUCUUUUUUCUUUUUAUAUGUUUAAAAUCUCAGUGGCAGGUUAUGAGCAUAUCACAUAAAUGAAAAAGUGUAAAUAAAGUAAUCAUACAAUGUUGAUCACUUAAUUGAUCCCAAAAGCACUUCACAUUUUCAAAACUCAAUUAAAAUCCCAAAUAAACAUGCCUUUUUUCACCUUUUGCAUUUUAUUCUCAUACAAUUUUUUAUCCUGGUUUGUAUAUAAAAGCUAAGGUUUCUGUAUAUAUUAGCUUAUAACUUGUAAUAUUUUUUCCAUUAAACCUUUUAUCCAUUAAACCUUUUAACAAAACUGAGUUUCAAGAGUUUAUUUUCAAUGGGGAUUCCUGAAGUUCCUAGCCCACCUGAUCACUUGUAUCCUCAAGCACUUCAACUUAAACUUUAUCAAGCUUUCAUCUUCUCAAUCCCAAUACUAUUUUCUAUAAUCUUAUUUCUGUUGUUUUACUUGUUUUAUCUCAAAAGACGGGCUUCUAUUGGUUCUAAUUCCUCUGUUGCAACACUUCCAAGAAGUUCAAAUCAAGCUAUUAUUCAUGGUGAAGUAGAUGUAAAGGGGAUGCUCAACAACAAGCUUCCAGUCAUACUAUUUGAUGAAGAUUCAAUGACGAGGGAUUCACAGUGUUGUGUUUGUUUGGGAGAAUUUGAGAUCAAAGAAGAGCUGCACCAGCUACCUUCUUGUAAGCACAUUUUCCAUGUGGCAUGUAUACGCCAUUGGCUCCGUUCAAAUUUCUCUUGUCCGCUCUGUAGACACCACGUCAUUAUUACCAACAAAAAUCCGCAACCAGCUUCUAAUAACAACCCUACGAAUAUCAGCGAAGGGGAAAGGGAACAACACGAUAGAACGGUUAUCAAUAAUAUUAGCAGAGAAGAGCACGAGCAGCAUGUGGUGAUAAUAGAAGAAUUGUCUAGUGCUAGUAGUUCAUCCUCUAGCACUGUUGAUAAUACUGAGAGGGAUUAUUCUUCACAUGUAGAAGCUCUUGUAAUUAGUAUUGAUAAGACCCCUGAUACAUGAAUUUUAGGUAUUUUCUCGGAUAAAAUUGGAACAAUAUAGAGAGGAUUUAUGUGACCCCUACACAAUGAUGACACACAAAUCGAGAAAUGGUCCAAAUUUUCCUUGGGAAAAAAAGGAAUUUGAGGGACUGCUUAAUUUUGCUGCAUUUGUGGAAUUGUAUAUAUAGAACUGGGAGUUUAUGAUACCAUGUUUUACACAGCAGUAUCUGAUUAUUAGAUGGAACUUUGCAAGAUCGUGAUUUUAAUUUACUUCUCAUUUAAAAGAAUGCA